GAUGACUGAACAUAUUAUCUAUUGAAGCCUCGGGGUGUUUAUGCAAACUAUUCGGCGUAUAGACCUUUACCCAUACGCCCCUUUGCGUGUCAUUGCCGCGUGACCUCUAUUGAAUAGGCUCAUGUUAUGGAACAGACGCGGCUCGGCCAGGCUUCGGACGGACCGGGAGAACCAAAGGGACAACAGACGCGAUGACCUGCAGUCGGUUUACACCUGAGGAAAAGAAAAACUAGUUCUUGGCUUCUCCGGGCUAUCCAGUAUAAUAGGUAGGAGGGACCAGAAACACGGAGUCUGCCUCGGGGGGUCAAAGAGUUCGCCAUCUGCAUUUCGUGAUAGGUGGUUGGCAAUUAAUCGCGUGUCGGCGGCUUUCGCGUUUGGCAAGACUUCUAAAGGACUGCUGGGAACUGAACCGCGUUUGCCGAGGACGUGCAUAAGGAACCUGUGUUAACAUGAUCACCGACUACUCGAAACAGACUAGAGAGGGCAAGAUAGUCCACUACGUGGUGAAGGAAGAGAAGCAUGUUGUUCAACAGAACCUGGUGACGACCAAUGGAGGUCAAGCGACGACUAAGACCGAUGCGGUAGUCGUUAAGAAUGAGGUUAAGGGGGAGGGGCGCUGCUGUGGCUUUAGGGAGAAGUACGAGAGUUUGGUCGUUUCUCACGAAUCGGUGGUGCUAGAAAGGGAUAAACUGUUGAAGGAACUGGAAAGUCUGAGGACGGCGUCCAAACAGGUUAGUACACUGGAAGCGGAGUUAAAGAGUUUACGUGGGGAGUUGUCUGGGAAGGAUCGAGAGAUUAGUACUAUGCAAAAGCAGCUAGGAGAUGCAGGGGCCGUGAAAAAGAAGCUAGAGGGGGAGCUUGCUCAAUUACGUAAACAGCUGUCCGAACAUCAGCGACAGCUGGGGGAUGCCGGGACAGCUAAGAAGAAGUUAGAGGUUGAGCUUUCACAGCUGAAAAAGCAGCUGUCUGAUUUUCAGAAACAAGCAGGUGACGCUGGGGGUGCUAAAAAGAAACUAGAGGGGGAGCUUUCACAGCUGAAGAAGCAGUUGUCUGAGUUUCAGAAACAAGCUAGUGAGGCAGGGGGCACUAAAAAGAAACUAGAGGGGGAGCUUUCACAGCUGAAGAAGCAGUUGUCUGAGUUUCAGAAACAAGCUAGUGAGGCAGGGGGCGGCUAGACAGAAACUAAGAGGCUGAGCUUUCACAGCUGAAGAAACAAGCUGUCUGAGUUUCUAGAAAACAAGGCCGGUGACGCUGGGGGCGCUAAAAAGAAACUAGAAGGAGAUAUAGCAGAGCUACGAAAGCAGCUUUCCGAACAGAACAGAGCAAAAGCAGAGUUAGAGAGACAGGCAAGUAAGUUGAAGGGGAGAAACAACUGCGAAAGAGAAGCUAAAGAAGGAGUUAGAUGAGUUGAAAAAGAAGUUGAAAGAUAUGCAGGCUGAGAGGGAUAAAUACCAGCGUGAAGUCAAGCAGAAAGAGGGGGACCUAGGAAAGUGUAAUAGAGAAAAAGAAGCUCUGUCGAGGGAGAAAGGUAAGUUGGAAGGGGAGUUAGCACGACUUAAGCAAAGAAUGACCAGUCAGCGGAACAACAAAGGGGGAGGGUGGGUGAGUUAGAAGCCGAACUAACGAAACUUAAGGCGUCGUUAUUGGAGAAGGGUAGCAUAGAAGCUCAGUUACAGCAACUUCAGUCACAGAUGACGAGAGAAAGAUUUUCCAAAUUUCACAGUUAUCGUCAGAAGCAGGCACGAGGGUGCCAAAGU